ACUUGUCAAGCUAGAGAGAAAACGAUGCCACCCGAAGCGAAAAAAAGGAAGCUCAAUGUGCCGUCAAGAGUACACAAGAAGCAGCCGCAACGGCGGAAAACUGGCGGCAAGCCAAAUGGGCUUGGUCAGCGCAGAGAAGCUAGAGGUGUACGCCUCGAUGAGUUGAAGUGGAAAAAGGUCGCGAUGCCCGAUCAGUUGAACGACUUUGAAGGGUUUUUUGGUUUGGAAGAGGUGGAAAACGUUGAGGUGGUGAAGGAUUUAGAGACUGGGCGCGUAUCGUUUAAGGCGAUUGAAACCAAAGACGAUGCACGUAAGGACCAGGAUAGUGACGAAGAUGGUCUCGCGGACGAGGGAUCAGCAAAGAAAACUAACAGCAAAGAAAUCGAAGAUGUCGUGGACACUGAAUGGAACGGCUUCGGUGACAUAUCAGCAGCCGAGAGCAGUGAAGAUGAUCAAGAUAUGAUGCAAAAGAGCAAAAUGGAGAAGGGCGAAUCGCACGACGAGGCUGCGCUGGUACAGAAGGAUGAGGAACUUGCUGCCACCUCCUUUGUUGGCCUAGCAGAAGAAGAACUUGAUGCCGAAGGCGUAGAUGUUUCCGCAUGGCACUCGCUACAACUUUCUCCUGAUACACUCGCCGCAAUCUCGAAGUUGGGCUUCACGCAACCUACACUUGUGCAAAAGAGAUGCAUACCGGAAAUAAUGGCUGGACACGACGUAAUUGGCAAGGCGGCGACAGGAUCCGGAAAAACGCUUGCGUUUGGGAUACCAAUUCUAGAGUACUACUUGGACUCUGUUCUGCCGGAGAAGGACAAGGCUACCGACGAAUCCGAUCAUCCCACAGCGUUAGUCCUAGCACCGACAAGAGAGCUGGCGCAUCAGCUGAGCAAACAUAUCACGGCCCUGUGUGCAGGACAGACUUUUGAAGCUCCUCGCCUAGCUACCAUCACCGGUGGUCUUUCCGUGCAAAAGCAAAAACGAUUGCUACAGACGGCAGAUAUCAUUAUAGGCACACCCGGCCGCCUGUGGGAGGUCAUAGAGAGUUCAAUCGGUCUGGUCUCUAAGCUAAAGAAGAUUCGCUUUCUUGUUGUGGAUGAGGCAGAUCGUCUUCUCAGCGAAGGACACUUCAAAGAGGUCGAGCAGAUUUUAAAUGCUCUCGAUCGUGUUGUGGAAGAUGAGGAUGAACAAGAAACAGAGUCUGAUAGCGACGGAGAAGGAAGAAGUAAUCGAAGACAAACACUUGUUUUUUCCGCAACCUUCCACAAGGGGCUACAGCAAAAGCUUACAGGCAAAAGUCGACCCAUUGGAGAUUUGAUGAACAAGCAGGAAAGCAUGGAAUACUUGCUGAAAAAGCUCAACUUUAGGGAAGAAAGGCCCAAGUUUAUUGAUGUAAACCCUGUUCAGCAGAUGGCGACGGGUCUGAGAGAAGGUCUUGUUGAAUGUGCUGGCACUGAGAAGGAUCUCUACCUAUACGCACUUAUGCUUCUUCACCCGAGGACUCGAACCCUUGUCUUCACAAAUUCCAUCUCAGCAGUCCGUCGCAUAACACCGUUCCUUCAGAAUCUCAAUCAACCCGCCCAAGCCCUGCAUUCUAACAUGGCUCAAAAGGCCCGUCUACGUGCCAUAGAGCGAUUCGCCGCAGCGGACUCAUCUAUUCUUAUCGCCACGGACGUUGCGGCGCGUGGUCUUGAUAUCCCUGGCGUCCAGCUUGUUAUACACUACCAUGUUCCACGCACGGCAGAUAUGUAUAUCCACCGCUCCGGUCGCACGGCGCGCGCCUCGAACAAAGGGAGCAGCAUCCUAAUCUGUGGGCCCGAGGAAGUCCAGGGCGUGCGCCGUCUGAUCGCAAAGGUCCACGCGCAGAGCAAUUCUAAGGACAAGCGUGCCAUCAGAACGCUAGACCUUGACCGGCGCAUCGUCGCGCGCUUGCGCCCACGUGCAACGCUGGCAAAGAAAAUCGCUGAUGUGGGCAUUGCCAAGGAAAAGGCAAACGCCACGGAUAAGCUGUUCGCCCAAGCAGCUGAAGAUCUUGGUGUCGAAUACGACAGUGAGGAGUUCGAGCGUAUGGGCAGUGGCGGGAGACAGGGACGAGGGAACAAACGGAAAAAGCGGGAGCGGGAGGACAGAAUGGUCAGCAAGCAGGAAUUGGCAGCAUGGAAGGCGGAGCUCAAGUCGCUGCUUGCGCAGAGAGUGAAUACCGGUAUCAGCCCAAGGUAUAUCACUGCUGGUGGAGUGGUAGAUGUCGAUGCCUUGCUAAGAGGAGAAAAAGGUGAAUUUUUAGGGCAGGUUUCGAUGGUGGAUUUGAUGGGCGGCGACAGUGACUGAUUCAUCACCAACCUAUGGAGUUUCUAGGAAGCUCUCAACCUCUUUUAUGUAGUCUCGCUUGCUAAUGCGGGAGAGCUCAGCCUCAGUAUAAGAAUUGAGCGGGUACAGGCAACUCUGUUCCACGCAAGAUUUCAUGCCCGUCAUACUUGCAUAGUCAAACUCAACUGGGAAACCUAUUUCGCCUAAUCUGUCACCCUAAUUUUUACCAGCUAGAUUUCGAGGCUUUGAAAAAUUUUCGAUUUUUAAAA